AUGUCAACAGCAACAGCUGCACCUUUAUUGGCGCUUCUCAAAGAAAAUGACGAUAAUGUUAAAUCGUAUGCGCUUCAAUCGAUCAAUGGUGUUGUUGAUGAACUGUGGUCAGAAAUCUCUAACGGUAUCACAGAAAUUGAAGCGCUCUAUGAUGAUGGCACAUCCCCGGAUCGUUUGAUGGCGGCCCUUAUUGCUUCUAAAAUUUACUACAAUUUAGCAGAGUAUGAGUCCGCUGUGAAAUUUGCGCUACUAGCAGAGGAUAGAUUCGAUAUUGAUGAAAAAUCGCAAUACGUGGAAACCAUCGUGUCCCACAGUAUUGAGAUGUAUAUCAAGAAAUCAACAGAAGCCUACGAAUCUAACAAUAGCUCACAGAGGGGAGAGGUAGACCCCAAACUGAAGAAUAUAUUUGAAAGGAUGAUAAAAAAAUGUGUUGUUGCAACUGAGUACAAAUUGGCUUUAGGUAUUGCUCUUGAAGCAUAUAGACUUGAUUUGGUCAAUGACAUAUUGGAAUCCAGAAUAGCUAAUGAUACUGAAUCAAAUGCCAUUAAAUUAAUCAAUUAUGUCCUCACUGCAACGACAACAGUUAUAAUUCACAGCAGAUUCAGAGAAACAAUUCUAAAGUCUUUAUUCGAAAUGUUGACAUCCAUGAAGUCUCCGGAUUAUUUUACAAUUUCCAAAGUUGUUGUAAAUUUAAAUGAUGCUAAAUUGGCAGUUCAACUGUUCGAAAAGUUGAACACACAUGAUAACCUCGAAAUUUCUUAUCAGAUAGCAUUCGAUCUGGUAUCAGCAGGCUCUCAAGAAUUGUUAGAUGGUCUAGUAUCAGACUUGACAGCUAAGAACUAUGAUGUAAAACUGCUAGAAAUACUAUCUGGUCUACCGUCAUGUGACUUUUACAAUACGUUCUUAUUGAAUAAUAAGAAUAUUGAUACUGGCCUUUUGAAUAAAUCAAAAUCUUCACUGGAUGGUAAGUUUUCACUUUUCCACACAGCGGUUAGUGUUUCUAAUGGGUUUAUGCAUGCAGGAACAACUGAUAAUACUUUCAUAAGAACAAACUUAACAUGGUUAGGAAAAGCUCAAAAUUGGGCUAAGUUUACUGCUACGGCUUCUUUAGGUGUCAUUCAUAGAGGUAAUCUUUCAGACGGUAAAAAAGUCAUGGCACCGUACCUUCCAGGUAGCCGGUCCACAUCUCGUUAUAUCAAGGGUGGAUCUUUAUAUGGAUUGGGUUUAAUUUAUGCGGGCUUUGGCAGAGAUAUUACAGACUACUUACAAUCACACAUUGUUGAAAAUAGCGCUGCUACUGGAGAUGAAGACGUCGAUGUAUUAUUACAUGGUGCUUGUCUUGGUGUAGGUCUUGCUGCAAUGGGUUCGGCUAGCUCUGAUAUCUACGAAUGCUUGAAAGAAGUUUUGUACAAUGAUUCCGCUGUCUCAGGCGAAGCUGCGGCAAUGGGUAUGGGUCUAACCAUGCUGGGCACUGGUAACGAUUCUGCAACGCACGAUAUGUUUACCUACGCUAAUGAAACUAAGCACGGUAAUAUUACUCGUGGGUUGGCUAUAGGUUUGGCUUUGGUCAAUUACGGGCGCCAGGAUUUAGCUGACAUGUUGAUUUCUGACAUGUUAGCAAAUGAUGAUAAAUUAUUACGUUAUGGUGGUGCCUUUACCAUAGCAUUAGCGUACGUUGGUACAGGAAAUAACAAAGCUGUGAAGAAGUUGUUACAUAUCGCUGUUUCAGAUUCGAAUGAUGAUGUUAGAAGAGCUGCAGUUAUUGCUCUAGGGUUUGUUUUGAUUCGUGAUUAUACUACGGUUCCUAGAAUCGUUGAACUCUUAUCCAAGUCUCACAAUGCCCAUGUUCGUUGUGGUACAGCCUUCGCUUUAGGUAUUGCAUGUGCUGGUAAAGCUUUACCCUCAGCCAUUGAAGUCUUGGAACCAUUAACUAAAGAUCCUGUUGAUUUUGUUCGUCAAGCCGCCAUGAUUGCAUUAGCUAUGACAUUGAUUCAACAAACGGAGAAGCUCAAUUCAAAAGUAAAAGAGGUGAAUCAAAACUUUUUGAAUGUUGUUACGAACAAACAUCAAGAAGGUCUAGCGAAAUUUGGUGCAUGCAUUGCUCAAGGUAUUAUGAAUGCUGGUGGUCGUAACGUCACCAUUCAUUUGGGAAAUCCAGAUAUGGGGACCCUAGAUACUAAGGCAAUCGUCGGUUUAGCGAUGUUCUCACAGUUUUGGUACUGGUUUCCAUUAGCGCACUUUUUAUCGCUUUCUUUCACGCCUACAACGGUUAUAGGAGUUCGUGGAUCUGAUUUGAACAUCCCAAAAUUCGAACUAAAUUGUCCUGCUAAAGACAUUUUCGGAUAUCCAAAGAUGUAUGAAGAAGCUGCCGAUAAAGAAGUCGAGAAGGUAGCUACUGCUGUUUUGUCAACAACGGCAAGGGCAAAAGCUAGAGGUAAGAAAUCUAAGAAAGAGAAAGAUUCUUCAGUAUCGGAAAAAUCCAAGACGUUAGCUGAGCCACAAGCAGUUGACCAGGACUCUGGAAAAGAGAAAGAAGAUGAUGAAAACAAGUCAAAAUAUGUGGCAAAAUCUUUCAAGGUGAAGAACAUGUCUAGGGUAUUGCCACAGCAAGCAAGGUAUCUUUCUUUCAAUAAAGAUGAUAGGUUUACUCCUAUUCGUAAAUACAAAGGUACCAUGGGUGUUAUAAUUUUAUCGGAUAAGAAGCCAACAGAACCCAUCGAAAUAAUCGAAACCGUGAGACAAAGCAAAGAAAUAAGUGCACCAUUACCAACUCCAUUUAUAGUGAAGGAUGUGCUAGAUUACGAAGAACUAUAA